GAAGAUCAUCAUCUUCACCAAACCUGAACACAUUCAUAGACUUCAUCUGUUCCUGAUCAUUCCCGAAGCUAACUCCGAACCUCAACGUGUUUCCUCUCCUCCUUGGCUUGGCUCUUCCAGAAAAGGGACAAGAAUCCUAGCUUGUGCCCGAAGCUUCGAGCUCUUAAGCUAUGGCGAUCACCAAGAUAUAUAUAGUGUACUAUUCGUUGCACGGCCACGUUGAGACAAUGGCACGUGAGGUUCUCCGAGGAGCAAACUCAGUUCCAGACGUGGAGGCAACGCUCUGGCAAAUACCUGAGACGUUACCUGAGAAGAUACUUCAGAAAGUGCAGGCAGCUCCAAGACCAGACGAUGUGCCGGAGAUUCAAGGGGAGCAACUAGGUGAAGCAGAUGGGUUUAUGUUUGGUUUCCCUUCGAGGUUUGGAGUGAUGGCAUCACAGGUCAUGACGUUCUUUGACAACACAAAUGAUCUCUGGACUAAACAGGCACUCGCUGGGAAACCUGCUGGAAUCUUUUGGAGUACGGGUUUCCACGGUGGAGGCCAAGAACUCACUGCAUUGACGGCAGUGACGAAACUGGCUCAUCACGGGAUGAUAUUUGUGCCGUUGGGGUAUACAUUUGGUAAAGGGAUGUAUGAGAUGGGAGAAGUGAAAGGUGGUUCACCGUAUGGCUCAGGGACUUAUGCAGCUGAUGGGUCGCGCGAGCCGACAGAGCUGGAGAUUCAGCAGGCAAAUUACCAUGGUAAGUACUUUGCAGGAAUAGCUAAGAAACUCAAGAAGCGGUCUCCUGUCUAGAACUGUAUCUACUAUGUGUUUUCCUGUAAACAAUCUGUAAAUGUUAAGAUAAAACUGUAGAAUAAGAUCCACAUAUACAGUACAGAGAAAACAUAUGUGUGUAAGCUAAUGAUCAACAAAUCUUAUCUCCUAUAUUCUAGCUAUCAACUGAGAAAGUAUUGAUCAUGUCAAGCAUUACCACUUUAUAUAA